AUGUUCAUUCUAGUUUUAUUCUCACACCUUCUACUAUUCUCCGAGGCCUCGGCGGCAGGUCCGCUGAGGCGAGGAGAAAGCUUGAGAUGGCGAGAUGUAGCAGGAACCUCCAGUGUCUACAGCUUUGCGAACACGAGCAGCAUAGCCACCACCCCCACGACGUCCUCCGAUGCAGGCUCCUCGGCAUCAGCGCUCGGUGAAGCGUCGACGCUAUCUUCAUCUCUAAUCACCUUUUCAAUAACAGAUUUGAAAUCAGCUACUUUAUCAGCCUCGUCGUCGACUGUAGUUAGUUCCAGCACACACAUUCCCUCGGUGCCGGGUAGCUCUGUAUCUUCCGUGCUUUCCACACUUUCUGCAUCUUCUACAGCAUCUACAGCCUCUAUUUCCAUCUCUCGAUCGUUCACUCUCAACGACAGUACUACCAUCCCCACUGUGAGCAUUUUUCCGUCUUCCACAGUGGCUAUCGAGUCAGCUUCAACCACCGACGUCACAAACUCAACCACUAGCGUAUCGAGUACGUCGUCAUCAGUUCUAAAUGCGACCCCGUCAACGAAGUCUACCGGGAUGUCGAGCUCCUUGCUUCUUCCACUCACGCCAGCAUCCUCGACCGUUUCCAAUGCUGAAUCGCAGGAUGUCACAUUGCCGAGUGUGACUCUUGUCACGGUUAGUUCCGCAGCUAGUUCAGCCUCGGUCACAUCCGUUUCUACGCCUGCGUCCCAAGCUAUUACAACGCCGCUUUUGACUUUCAUCACGACUCCGGAUAGCUCCACAGCUAGUUCAACGUCGGUCGCAUCUGUGGAGACGCCGUCUACCAGCAGCACAAGUGCAUCAGCGUCUAGCACCGUUACACCGUCUAGUACUGUGACCCUUACGUCUUCUAAAGUUAAGACGGUUACUGCAGGUUCCCCUUCAAGUACGCAAACUGCUUCUACCGCUUCAGCCAGCUCUCCUACUUCAGUUGCUGUUACGUCUACGUCAGUUUCUGCUACGUCCAGUUCAGCAGCUGAUACAUCUACAAAAUCACCAGCCUCGUUUGUUCCGGUGGUGAAGUCAUCUUACGUGUCUCACGCAGUAUCAGCAACGGGCUCGCUAAAUGCAGCGAUCCCGACUAUUAUCAGUUCCGUUCCAGCCUCGACCGCCACAGUCUCCCCCGAAGUGCUCGCUAGCAAUUUGGCUAGCGCGAACCAAUACAACGCGGUAUUUGCCGGACUAACUGAGGAGUCUGCAUGCACAGCCGGGCAGGCUGCGUGUGUCCACGGAAACGUUGGGAAGUGUUCUAGUGCUGGGACGUUCGAGAUCGUUCCUUGCCCUGGCGCCGAGACUUGCUACGCCCUACCCAUGAACACGGUGGCAGGUGUGCAGAUCGGUUGUUGGGAUGACGCUACCGUAGCCAAAGCACUAGGGGGCGCUGCACCUUCUGCUCCCAGUUCAGCCGCAGCCAACUCCCCUACGGGAUCCCAAGGCUCUGGCGGAGAUGGAGUUACCGUGACGGUCACGCCGAUCAUCACCAAGACGGCCGAGACUACUGUGACUGCGGGUGCGGGGUCGUCUACCCAGACGUCUCCGUCGAUCGCUAAUCCGCUGCCUGCUGAAACUUCGAGCACAGAAACGCCGCUUAAGGAAACCGUAACGGUGACCUACGUGCCAACCACUUUCAGCACGUUGACUCGAUCCAGCCCCAUCGUACCACCGCAGACCGUCACGGCAACUGUUACCGUGAUUCCUACCAGCUCAGAAAGCUCCACUUCCAUCGCAGAAAGUUCAACAUCCACUUCGGAGAGUUCGACAUUUACCACAACCUCUGCUACUGCUACUUCUACUUCGUCCGCCGGCUCCCCUCUACGACCGCCCACACGCACCACAUCCACAUCCACAUCCAUGCCCGAACCCUCUCCUACUAAUGAUUCCGGCGCCGACGAGAACGGCCCGAUCGUGAACCCCCUCCCGCCCUUGACAGCGAUUCUUGGCGGCAGCAAUCCGUUCGGGCCCAUCGUGCCGACCGCGAACCGGGUCGAGAUGACAAAUGCCGCGGUCACUCCGGCGGCAGUCACCGUCACAGUGACGGAGAAGGAGAUCGUGACGUCCACAACGACUGCUACGGACUUGGCGACGGUUACUGCGACGGUGAGGGCGUAA